UUUUUUUUUUUCCUUUAUGAUGGAGGAUUUCAACUUUGAUGACGAUGUAUUCACUACAACUACUGAACGAAAAGCUAUUCCUUUAGUGGUUGAUUAUCAAGCCAAACAAGAAACAGAUGGGUGGUUUCAUCAUUUAGGGGAUCCACAAAAACUUAUGCAUGAAAAAUUAGGUCCUGCUCAUUUGAAAUAUGCUAUUGAACACGAUUAUCUUCAUGGACGAUAUCAACAAGCUCUAGAAAAAGCUCUUUUAUUUAUCAACAUUGUGGAUUCAGACGAUCAAUGCAAAGUGAUGAAUCCUAGGGAAGUAGUGGAAAUGGCUAUACAUAGUGCAGGUCGUUUGGAAGACUGGGAACAAGUUGGAAAACUUUUGGAUAGAAAUCAAACAACAUAUGAAUUAGGAAGUCUCUUGAUGAAAGGUAGAUUUUAUUCAAAAUGUGGACGAUCCCCAGAUGCAGUCUCAUCACUAGUAGAAUAUAGCAAACAAAGAAAACGGGAUUAUAAUGCUUGGAAAUGGAUGUGCGAUGCUUGUGUGAUGGAUAAAUCAAAAGACAAGAAAAUGGUGAUUCAUCUCGCUCAUUUGACUAUACAACGUGCAUUAAAUAUCAUGACUUCAUUCAAUUGGCGAUUAGAUAUUCCAGUGGUCAAGGAACGUUAUCAACGAGAAAAACAGAAAAUGGAAUUAAAACAAAACGAAAUUAUACAAGAUGGUGGCAAUUUGGAUACUUUUAUUGAAUGGAUACAAUCUGCGGAAGAAAAAGAUCGAUCAUUGGUUGGAUUGGAUGAUUAUGCAUGGCAAGAUUUACUUUGGAUAUACAAAGAUUGGAUGAUUCACUUGACUGAUACGGAUACUACUUUGGAUACUCAAGAAGAAGAAGAAGAACAAGAAAAAGCUGUCAAGGAUUUGUAGAUAGAUAGAUAGUAUUAUUUAGAUUAGAUACCUUUUUUUUUUUUUUUAGAAUCAUCCUUUUUUUUUUU